AUGGAGGACCCAGAGAAAGAAAUAAUUAAACAUAAUGGGUCAUUAUUGCCUAAACUUUACAAUCAGUUUUUCAAUCCGAACAUUUGCCAUAUUUGUAAAUCGGUAGACAUAGACUCUUCCAAAUCAUGCGAUAAGUGUUACAUGAUAUCUUAUUGCCAUCAAGAUCACAAAUCAUUUCACGAAAUGCAACACAAAGAAAUAUGCGAGGCUGUAGUAAAGCUCUCAAAACUGAAGCCGAGAAUGAUCUCCGGUCCCAUCACCUUGUAUCGAUGGAUCAAUGAGAAGAGGAAAUUUAUGAAAUUGAUACAUCAAAGUUUAUUCCGCCAACUCGAACAGCACGAGGAGGAAAUGUUCCUGUGUAUGAAAUCGUGCCUUAUUUGUUACAAACAGAAUUAUCUGAACGCUUGCAAAAAAUGCUACUCCGUCAAUUAUUGUAUCCAGCAUAAGGUGCAAUUUAACACAGAACAUACUGAGUUCAUGUGCAAGCAACUGAGACUGUUGCUCAACAUAAAUAUUGCAUCUAUGACACCCAAUCUAACUGAAAUAACGCGAAGCUUCAUUGCGUUUGCUGAUGAAAAUAUUAAAUUUGGCAACACAUUUCAAUUAAUUACGGAAUUUGCAAAGAUAAGAAAAACUCUGGAUUGGGCUGCCACUGAUUAUAUCCUUUCCGAUUAUAUUUCAGGACCACUAGCACUCUAUUAUGGAAUGCAGAAAUCAAAUUUCUUACAGCUUCUCCUCCAAGCCGAUAUUUUCACCGUUCACAUUAUAACUGCAAACCGUGUGAAUAAAAAUAAUCUACGGGCUUGGGAGAUUUUGCUUCAUUGUAUACCGAGAAUAAAGAAACUAGUAAUUAUUAUAAUAGGAUCAAAAUUAAAGCCUGAUCCACCUAUAUAUGAAGUUUGUGAAAAUUGCCAGAGUAAGAAAAAACAGUUUUCAUUAUCUUCUGUUUCUAAGAUGUACUACGAAUACACGACCGAUUACAAAUACAAACGACCGGACGUCAUCGUAGGUAUUCAAGUGGAAAUUACUAAGAAGUUAUGGUCGCAAUCUAUAAGAGCAAUACAAGCUCAAAGCUGCCCGUUACUUUUAACUACUUCGGACGUAUUUAGAACGUGCAGAUACAUAAAAGAGAUGAAAAAUAUUCUAGGUGCAAAUCUAACACCUGAUAUUGAAAUAAAAAGUCCGUUCAAUAGUUGCGCACCGCACAAAGACUUUCGGAUUGAUGGGGUAUAUUACUGUAACAAAUAUAUACUUGUUUACAAGAAUUUGAACGGUUCUAGCAGUUCUAUAUGA